AUGGUCCCGCUCCAGAAGAAACUGCUUCUGUCCCUGGCCGCAGUUCUGUCGCUGGUAUGUGCGCUGCUGGCCGUGGUUGCCAUAGCAAUGCCAUUCUGGAUCAAAGCGAUGGUUUUGUGUCGCACUGGCGCCGAGCUGGUGAACGCCACGGCGAGCGAGCUCCAGGACUUCAUAGGAGACGUUCAGUAUGGGCUCCUGAAGGGAACCAGGGGCCGACAGUGUGGGCUGGGGACCCGGCCUGCCGCCUUCUACUUCUUCUCGCCUCUCCUGGUCCAUAUCCCAGCUGGUCUCCACGUCACGGUCCUGGUUUUCUCCUCAGUGGUGGUGCUCUUCUCGUCUCUGAGCUGUGGAUUCUUCUUCUACAACGCAUUUGGUCGGCCGUCACAUGUUGUGAGCGGACCAUCAGGGCUUAACUUGUGGACCAUCAUCAUAGGUAGUGCUGCCUUCCUGGUCCUGGUCCUGUUUUCUGCUGAGGUGACCAUAGGGGGCGUCACUGAGCGGAUUGCAAAUUUCGGUGAAACGUCCUUCGUGUUCCAGACGCACAGCGAGCGGUUCGAGCGAUGCUAUUGGUUGUUCCUGCUCGUGCUCCUCCUCCAAUCAGUGAACCUGUUACUGACUCGCCUCUCCGGGAUCCACUUUGUCUGUCACCAUGGGAACAAGCCUCCAGAGACGCAGACAGGCGAAGAGAUCAUGUACUGA